AUGGGAUCUAGGGAGCUUUUUGUGGACGGGAAUAACUUGGAGGCUGAAGGUGCAACCGCUCUGCUCACGCAAUUGGCUGAGGCAGCAUACCUGGAGGGAAAGGAACGCGAGCGAUUAAAGGCCGAAAGGAUGGUCGCCGCAGCGGCCCAGUCUCAAGCUGCAAGAAAGCGAAUUGACCUUGAUGGCCCCCUAACGGAAUCGGAGACGCACGCAGGUGAAAGUCCGAGUACGAUCGCCGAUUUGAAUCCAGAAAUCGUGUCUAUAAAUGCAAACACUCAGGAGAAUGCGGCGAAUACAAACGUUAGUGCAAGCAGGAAAAAGCGAACUCUCGGCAAGGGGACAAAUAAGAAGAAAGCUGCCAAAAUGCCGCCAUGUGGACCUCAAAUCACCCACAUCCACAUGGCAGAGAACAGCAUCAACAGCAUCGGUCGAGGAGGCAGUUUUGCUCCGGCUCGCUGCAUGCAAUUGUUAAAAACGCAAGCCACUAUAAUCACCAACACCCUCUACUUAAUCGCUUGUAGCAUAAUAGCGUAUUCGAAGGAUCUGCAGGAGGUCGACAUUUUCGGCAAUGAUAUUGGCCAAGUUGCGGGCCGCAUCGUGUUGGAGGGUAUUCUGGCUCGAAAGGACAACAACCUUCCGCGGAUUGGUGUACGGGUCACCCACCUCAUUAACCAGGACACCUACGACAUGAUCCGAAAAUUAGCUCCCAAACCCAAGGGCAAGAAGAAGCGGGGAGGAAAGUAA